AUGCAUCGAACUAGUGCCCUCAGACCAUCUGCUGCACCCGCAGCAGGUGGAUCCAGCAGUGGUGGGUCAGGGAAGCCUCCAGGGCAUUCAUGUAAUCGUAGAAAAAAAAAGGAGAAAACGGAUUUUGCAAAGCUGAUAGCUGAAAAUACGAUACUCAUUAUAUCAACGAGCAAAUGUUACAUAUGCUUCACAGUGAAGAGCAUGUUGGUGUCAUUGGGAGUUAACCCAAUCGUUUUUAAGGUGGAAGAGGAGGAGAAAACCUCUAUGUUGAUGAAGCUAUCAAAGAUGAAUGAAGGUUUUAGCAGUAGUACUGGAGGACGGUGGAAUUUACCAGCAGUGUAUAUAAGAGGAAAGUACUUAGGAGAUUUUGAUAAAGUGACGGAGAGUCAU